GUGCAGCGAUCGUGAUCGCAGCACAGCUUGGAUGGCGCAGGCAGGGGGUGAAAGACCGUGGGGGUUGUGCUAUUCCGAUGUCUGUCACUCCAACAACAUAAAACCCAUUAACGAGGAUGGGAGACUCGGCGCGCGGCCUCAUCUACGUCUCAUCCCCUCGUCCCCUAAUACCUCUUCCUAUGGCCCCUAUUCCUGGUUUGCAUGACACGUUCGGCGUGCUGGUCAUAUGCUCGAUUUUCUCUUCAUUUCUCCUUGCUGUGCAACACUACCAGGCAUAUGUUUAUUUGAAGCGAUUUUGGAGGAAAGAUUCGAGAUAUCUUCGGUACAAUGUGGUCGCAGUAACAGCGAUCGACACAUUGCACCAAAUAUUUUGUCUUUGUACGCUCUACUUGUACCUCGUUUCUCAUUUUAGCACACCCCGAUUCAUCCGGCGCAGCACAUGGUGUCAUUCAUGCCUCAUGACCUUCGCGCCAUUCAGCUAUUUCCCUGCCAGGUUUUAUGCGAGGCGAUGCUGGUUCUUGAAUAAGAAACGGGUGUUUUUAACUGGCCUUAUCGUUUUUUGGGCCCAUGUGCAGCUGGGGUCAACUGCCACAACCGUGAUGCUAAAGACGUUUAGAGAAUACAUUAAACCUAAAAAGUGGUAUCUUCCUACCCUUUGGGUUGGAUCGGCCGCGAUUUGCGAUAUCCUCAUCACGUAUUCUGUGGUUAGUCAACUGAUGGGAAGUAAGACUGGGUUCAGAACGACGGAUAGGGGCAUCAAACGUCUAAUCGCCUUCACCUUCAGCACUGGCGCUUUGAACAGCAUUUUGGCCUGCAGUAUCAUCGUUACAGUGAGUUUUGGGCUCAAUCAACGCGGUAAUUGGGUUCAACAUCACAACCAUUUAGAUUCCGAUUGGUUUGAGAAUAUCCCAGAUCCGGAGAAGAUGCGUCCCUCGUUAGGGUCUUCUCAGUUGUGUUCCCCAACUCUGAACCCUAGUUGCCACCAACCGUCGACUUCUAAUCUUGGAUCAAGCGUUAGCGCUGGUGUGCCCAGAUCUUCUCAGAGUUCGAGUGAUUAAUAUAACGAAACAACGAUACAAGUUGGGGUUGGUGAUCCGCGAAAACACUUUGCCGCCCCUCAGUUUUCCCCGAUUUUCCAACUGUGUAAUAAACCAACCCCCGGCCUACCAAUCUCUUCGUUCCUAUGUUCCUGCACUGCUAUUCAGUUAUUCUGCACGGAGAUCGGUAUCCUGCCUUGGUUCCUGCUAACUGUUCGUCGACUCUGUAUUCAUAGUGUUUAUGUUUAUCAUGCCCCAGUUAUCUACUGUGCUGU